CAAAACCAAUUAAAGAAUAAACCCUUAAGAGCUCCGCCUAAUUUUUCUUUCCCAUGUUCUCCAUCUUCCUUACUUCUUGAUCAAACUCCAAAGCACAUUCUGCUCUGCAUAGACUGCAUAUCAUUCCUUCUCUUGGAACCCUAACCAAUCUCCUCCAACAAUUCAAUUGUCACCACCUCCAGCCGGCGGUUCUUCCUCCAACGACCUCUCCGUUCCUGUUGCUGUAUUCUCGGAUGGGUAAAAUCAAACGAAAGGCGAAAUCUUUGCAGUCCUGCUCAAAAAAGAAGAAGUUAAAUAGGGAUGGGUCAGUAGCUAAAGGAGACGAGGAAGAUCUUGGUGAAAAGGAGUUGAAUUCAGUACAGAAUUUUAGUCAUCUGAACGUGGAUGAAGUGAAAAAUGGAGAUGAUGAGGUUAAUCUAUGCGGCAUUCCAUUGUCCCUUACUUGUAAGGAUGCAGGAGCAGGAGCAGGCGUGACAUUUGUUCUUGAGAAAGCUUCGUUGACCCUUGCCAACAUUGGAAAAAGGUACCAAAUACUGAAUUCAAAUGAGCAUGCUGGUUAUUUACGAAAGAAGAAAAUGGAUCCUUACAAAUACAGGCCUGACAUAGUCCACGAGGCGCUCAAUGAUAUUAUGAAUUCCAGACUUAGUAAGGGUGGUAGGCUGAAAGCAGUGUACAUCCGGACAGAGGAUGGAGUUCUGAUCAAAGUAGAACCAUAUGCUAAGAUACCAUCGGACUUAGAAAGUUUCUGCAGUAUGAUGGCCGAAUUACUGCAAACACUCAGUAUCAAAGCUAAGGGUAACCGCAAAAAGCUUCUGCGAGUAGUGGCCAACCCUGUAACCAAGUAUUUACCUCCCUCGUCGCCUAAGAUAGGUCUUUCAUUUAGCUCAGAGAAGGCUGUUGAGCUACGAGAGCAUGUCAGUGGAAUCAAUAGGGAUGAAGAUGUUGUCUUUGUGGUUGGUGUGAUGGCUCAUGGUAAAAUUGAAUGUGAUUACAUUGAGGACCUUGUAUCAGUUUCCCCCUUUCACUUAAGUGCCGCAAUGUGUUUGAGAAUUAUAUUAAUUGCAAUGGAGAGGAAAUGGAGCAUAUUGUGAAGUUGAAGUUGAAGUUGCACUCCUAAUGUAUUUAGACGGGGAUAAGUAUUAACGGAAAUUCUUCAUCUGUUGAUCUCUAAUUUGAACUCUGGUACCGUGCUAUAAUUUUCGUAGGAAGUGAUUUAUUAUGUUACAGAAUUAAUCUAUGGUAAAUUAUGCUAUUAAACACACUAAGUUAUCGCUUGCGGAUCUCGGAGAUGCUGAAGCAACAUUGCUAGCCAAAGCAUGACAAAUUUAACUGCAGUCAGAUGUUAAUCAAAUAGUUUUUUUUUUUUUUUUUUUAAUGUAAUUUUUAUCUGUUUUAGCAUAUGAGGUAAAAUUUAGCAACAACUUUUUGUCUACUAAAAAGGCUAAGCCUUCAACUACGUUAUUAUUGCCUAAUGAUAUUACUUUUAGGGUGUUAUA